AUGCAGCGAACACUGGCCCAGGUCAUUGGCUUCAAGUCGCAUUCUUGUAAGCACUGGAGCAGCCAUUGGCUAGUUGGAGUGAGCUGCUUCCUCUUCGCUCCAGCAUCAGCCGCCUUUUGGGCAGUUUGGUGGUGCCUUCUACAGUAUGCGGACCUCAAGGACCAAGGCAACAUGCUGCAGAUGAUCCUGUACUUCUGCCUGGCUGUGACAUACACCCUGGUAGUUAUAACAUCAUACAGCGCGGACUAUCUUUUCAUCCGCCGCGGGCAGCGCUCCUUCUACGGAAGGGUGGACAUCGUAGUGGCAUCCGGCACCCUGUUCCUGUCAACCUUUGACUUCUACCUCCGCGCCACUGUUUGGGAAACCGCUCUGCUGGUGUUGGUGCCAUGCUGCGCUUUUGUGUAUUCCACCCAGUCGAAGGCCUUUGAGAUAUGGAUUUGGCGCCAUACCCUCUGGCACUUUACAGGUGGGACAAUCGCCCUUUACGGGUCUUUGCGACUGUUGCCCGCGAAGCACAGCAGCAGGGCAGCAGUUCAGUCCAAGAAGACCUGCCGUACAUUUGCACGGAGCCUUUCGGUGAGACUGUACUUCCUGCGAGGCAUCAUGGCAGAACUGUGGCUUGGACGCGUGGAACCGGUCCUGUGGCAUGCUUUGCAGUUUUAUUCUUUGCCAAGUGAAGAGCCAAGACUAAGGCCGUGGUGUCUGUGCUUGACAGAGAUGACAUAUGCCAUAGGCAUCGCAGUCUUCUUUGUGCUGCGUGGCACCUGUCCGAAAGACCGUCUGGACGAGCUCUGGCAAAUUGGUGCGAGGCACGCACAUUGGCAGCCGGUGAGUGGGAGCAUUCUGCACCUGCCAGUCUCCGUCUCCUCCCGCGAUUGUGGUGCCGCAAGUGGGGCAUGGCAACUUUGUGCCUACCAGGGAGGCGGCAUUCCCUCGAGCCAGUUUCUGCAGUGUUGGCCUCGGCACAUGUGCCGCACGACUGCUGUGGCGACACCAGCUUCACCAACGCAAGAGUCAUCGAUGCAGGUGUACUUUCCGUGGCCUAAUUUUGGGCCACCUGAACCGCCGUCCUGCGCCAAAAAGCUGCGAGACCUCCUGAUUGCUGCGGAAGCUAAUGGUUUCGACGCUGACGUACGGAAGACCGUGGACGAGUGCAUCGCAGAACUUCGCCAGGCGCGCGUGCAAUGCCGUGCGGAACUGCUUGGCUCCAGCACGCUCCAAGAGGACUUGUGGCGCGUGGCAUACAUUCAGGGCCGAACUCCUGGCUGGGAAGCCAAUGCACAGCUCCUGCGGCCACUGUUUCGCAACAAGGCUGGCCAGGCUUUUGACUCUGCAGCCGGUCGGGUCAUGAACUACGGGGAAGUGGUGGGAUCAGGUGUUUAUUUCACAGCAGAAGGCAGCUUUGAGGCUGUCGAUCGGGCAGAGGAUUGUCCGAAAGACUUCGCUGUGCAGAUCGAGCGGGGGGGCCUUGUAAUCCUCGGCCUUCCACUCCUGUCUUCUGCAAUCUCCGGACCGGGCCUUGUCCGUGUUCUCUACUUAGACCGCGAUGUUCGAAUAUUUGAGACCGCCGCAGACUCCCCCGACCGUUGGGAGGAGGCGGGCGUGCGAGUGGUGCAGGUCCGCGACCAACUCUUUUCGGCCUAA